CAUUUCUAUGCGCGGUCCCUUGCCGGUGAAGGCCUCCCGAGCAGCCUAUAGCGGCUCUUCCAGCAAGUCCAGCAAUAAAACGGAUAACAGCAGGGGCCGUGACGCUCCACCUCGGGGUCAACCCAAGUCCACAAGACGGGCCCAUGAUAACGCCAACAAGGCUCCUCCCCGAGGCAGCGGCCGUGCCCCAACCAAGCCAAGCAAGCCGCUGAUUAAGCCUGCUGCCAAUGCUGAUGUCGAGGAUGAUGAUCUGGACUACGAAGGCGCGGAGGGCGACGACGGCUCCCCGCCCAUUGAUUUGGACGCGCUACUUGCAGAUGAGAGCGCCGUACGACAGCUGCGAUCCUCCCUGCUUUCCUCCUUGUCAGCACAGCAUGCAGAUGCAGCACGAGAGGAAGCGGACUUGCGUGAAGUCCCUUCACUAACGCCACAACAGCCAUUACAGCCGGUCAAUUCUUCCACCAAUGCCAUCCAUGGCUCCGGAACCAAGAAGCUUUCAUCUGCAGCUCCUGCUGCUGUUGACUCGAACGCUGUGACAGAAAGUCGCCAAAAGCCUGACAGCGACAGCGGCACCCGCAAAAGCAACACCCACAAGCCGCCGCCGCAGCAGCAAGAGGCCCCGCAACACCAACUUCCAAUUGUCGUCCUUAAGAAGGAUAAGGCCCGACUCUUCUCCUACGGCAACCCCAUGGUGUACGGCGGUGCCGUGGACUGCGUCAUCGGUCGGCCGCCCCCCGGCGCGGGUGACACGGUGGUGGUGGUGGACCACUCGCGGCGGCCGCUGGGCUGGGGCGUGUUCAACCCGCACUCCAUGUUCCGCGUCAGGCUGCUGCAGCUCCAGUCUGAGAUGGAGGCAGCCGCUGAGGAGGAGGCGCAUGCAACCGACGCUGCCGUACCAUCCGCUGCCGCUACAGCUGCUGCCAGCGGUGCCGUACAUGACCCGUACGACGUACCUUCCCUAGUGGACCGCCGUAUACGCCAGGCGGUGGCGUUACGUCAGUCACUGGGACUGCCCAGCCAGCAAACCAAUGUGUUCAGGCUGGUCAACAGCGAGGGAGACCGGCUGUCGGGGCUGGUGGUGGACGUGCUGGGGCGGGUGGCGGUGCUGCAGGCGGGGGCGGCGUGGGUCAUGAGGUACCGCGCUGCCAUCGAGUCCUCCCUGCUGUCCGCUUGCGCCGCCUGGGGUGUGAGCCAGCUGGUGUGGCGGCCGCAGUGGCGGGUGCUGCAGCAGGAGGGCCUUACGGAGGGCGGGGAGCAGGAGGGGCAACUUGCGAGGGCCGAGGACGGCAGCGAAGAUGAUGGAGCGGAGGCAGGGGAGGGUGGAGAGGAGGAGGAGCAGGAGAAGGAGGC